UCUCAAAUCUCUCUCUCUCUCUCUUUCACACACACACACACAAACACACACUGUUCGGUGAGGAUUAGUUGAAAGUUGUGAUCGCCAUUAAAGCUAUUUGAGAAACUUCGAAGCUAUCAUGUGGCAGGUUCUACUAGCAGCAGCUGUAGCCGGAACCGGAAUCGCAGCGAAACGUUUUCUCAACACCAACAACGCCGCCGAUCCGAACGCUCUGUUUGAAUCCAAAUCUAUUCAAUCCGAAGAUCAUAGAAAAGAUCCCUCAUCGAUCGUUUAUACAGAGCCACACUUAACCGGCGAUGAAUUCGUUUCUAAUGCGCCUUGUGAAUCGUCUAUAUUUACAUUCACGAGCUCCGAAUCAAAUAAGUUUAGGUCGAAGAACAACGUAAGGAAGAAGAAGAAGUUAUGCGAAUUUGAUGAAUCCGUGAAGAAAUGUACUUCUCCUGUAUAUGGAAAGAGCGGUAGAAGAUUAUUCAUUCGUUUGAAGAAAAGGAUAACCAGUAAGAAGGCAUCUGGAAAGUUCGAAUCGUCUUCUUCUAAUGAAACUUCGUCAAGCUUUAGUCAGGGAGUAGGGUUUGGAAUCAUGUACAUGAUGUCUGCUGGGAAAGCUGAGAUUAGUAAGCUGAAUAUGGCAAUGGAUGAAACUGUUAAAGUUGUUGAUGAGUUAAAAACUGAACUUCAUUAUAAGAGAAAAUCAUCUUUUGAAGAUACUCAUCAUCCAAUUCUCAAGUCCAAAACUGAAUGUUGUAUUAUGAUGAACCCUAAACCCUGUAUUCAAAGGGAACAAGAUCCAGAUCACGAUCAAGACGUGGUUGAAAUGGAUCGUCUCGAAGCAGAAUUGGAAUCUGAACUUCAAAAGCUUCCGGGAUGCUGCAUUAAAGAUGUUUCUGGUCCUGAAUCAAGCACAUCAGAUGAUUGGGAGAAACAAGAUGAUCGAAGAAGAAGAAGACAAGCCGUUGUUGAUCCUCGCGAUUUCAAUGGAGUAUCAGCAUCAGAACUAGAUAAGAAACUAUCGCAUUUGUUGAUUGAACAACAGGAGAGCCAAAUUGUGGAGCUUGAAGACGAGCUGCAUAAGGCUCAAUCCAAACUCGUUGAGAAAGAAGCAGAACUUCGAGUCCUCAAGAACUGCGUUAAACGCCUCACAGAUUUUGACCCAUCCAACAACAAUGAUGCUUCGGGUUAG